UGCAUUUUGCGAUGUAGCACAAUGGUAGCACACCCACUGUGAUGCUGUGAGCACUGAAAGAACGUCAUCUGCUGGGAGGAAUAUUUGUUUUGGUUGUACAAUUUAUUAGUUCACAAAUUCUUGCCCCAGCUUCAAACACCAUUCCCAAUAUGUAGCACUAACUGUGUUUAACAGUGCCCGUGUACAAUGUAAUUGCAGUGCCGAGGUGUUACCAAGUAUUCACCCAAGAACAAGAACGUUCGAGGUCGCGUUGUACUUGAACGUGACGCAGGAAGGCAUACAAAAAAAGGUAGAGAAAAAUUGAAGGACACUUUUUGUGCGUGAGGAGGAGACAGCAGAUUUGCCCCCUACGGCAGUGCCCGCGAUACGACGUAGAAAGCGCGUUUAGUUUUAAUAAUAAAUAAACCCAAACAUUAGCGGGAUGGCCGAUAAAGGUUCGCAGCCGGGCGGGACGCCCCAGCCGCUGGUGAAGAUUGGCCACUACAUACUGGGCGCUACCCUUGGCACGGGCUCGUUCGGAAAGGUCAAAAUUGGCGAGCACCAGGUGACGAAGCACAAGGUGGCGGUGAAGAUACUGAACCGGCAGAAGAUCAAAAGCCUGGACGUGGUGGGCAAGAUUCGGCGCGAGAUCCAGAACCUGAAGCUGUUCCGCCAUCCGCACAUCAUCAAGCUGUACCAGGUGAUCUCGACGCCGACCGACAUCUUCAUGAUCAUGGAGUACGUGAGCGGGGGCGAGCUGUUCGACUACAUCGUCAAGAACGGCAAGCUGCAGGAGUCGGAGGCGCGCCGCUUCUUCCAGCAGAUCAUUUCCGGCGUCGACUACUGCCACCGGCACAUGAUUGUGCAUCGCGAUUUGAAGCCGGAAAACUUGCUGCUCGAUCACAAUCGUCACGUGAAGAUUGCAGAUUUCGGACUAUCGAACAUGAUGCUGGAUGGCGAGUUUUUGCGCACCUCGUGCGGCUCGCCCAACUACGCCGCACCGGAGGUAAUCUCCGGCAAGCUGUACGCCGGACCGGAGGUGGACAUUUGGUCGUGCGGCGUCAUACUGUACGCGCUGCUCUGCGGCACGCUGCCGUUCGAUGACGAGCACGUGCCGACGCUGUUCCGCAAGAUCAAGUCGGGCGUGUUUCCCAUUCCGGAGUAUCUGAACAAGCAGGUGGUGAGCCUGCUGUGCCAGAUGCUGCAGGUCGAUCCGCUGAAGCGCGCGACGGUGGAGGAGAUCAAGAAGCACGAAUGGUUCCAGAAGGAUCUGCCGGCGUACCUGUUCCCGUCGCCGGUCGAGCAGGACAGCAGCGUGGUGGACACGAACGCGAUCCGCGAGGUGUGCGAGAAGUUCAGCGUGAAGGAGCACGAGGUACACAAUGCGCUGCUGAGCGGCGACCCGCACGAUCAGCUCGCGAUCGCGUACCAUCUGAUCAUCGACAACAAGCGCAUCGCGGACGAGGCGGCCAAGGCGGAGCUGAAGGAGUUUUACGUGGCCGGCAGCCCGCCACCGCCCGGUGCGGACAGCAAGUUCGGCACGCCGCUCGGCCCGGGCUCGAUCGCCCCGACCCAGGCCGGCACGCCGAGCGAGCCGUUCAAAUCGCCCUCGAUACACCCGGAACGCAUUGCACCGCUGCGGGAGCGGCCGGUCACGGCGGCCCAGAACAUGCCGGUGCCCACGCUCAGCACCAUGUCGCCGUCGGCCGUGAUGCCGAUCGACAAGCAUCGCGGCACGCCGGUCAAGCGGGCCAAGUGGCACCUGGGGAUACGGUCGCAGUCGAAACCGAACGACAUCAUGCUGGAGGUGUACCGCGCGAUGAAGGCGCUCGACUUUGAGUGGAAAAUCAUCAACCCGUACCAUGUGCGCGUGCGCAAGUACAAUGCGCGCAACGACAAGCACGUGAAGAUGUCGCUCCAGCUGUACCAGGUCGAUCCGAAGAACUAUCUGCUGGACUUUAAGUCGCUGACGAACGACGAGGUGGAGCAGGGCGACGAUGUGAUCAUGGAGAGCCUGACGCCACCGCCCCCGGUCGGGUUCGGGGGGAUGGGCAUUCCCUCCAACCAUCAGCCGAGCGGCCACCACACGAUGGAGUUUUUCGAGAUGUGCGGUGCGCUGAUAGCGCAGCUGGCCCGCUAAAUCAUCGGGUAGGUGGUGGAGUUUGCCGACACAUUUUUGUUAGCCUAUUUUUAACGCGCUGUAGAUGAAAAGCCAAAAAACAAACUGUAACAAUUGUUUGCUGUAGGGAAAGACCGAACAAGGAUUAUAAUACAUAGCGGACGAUCCACGCCUUAACGCA